ACCUUAUAUCCUUUGUGACCUCGACCUUGAUCCCGAACUGCUUCCACAAUUUCUACGGCCUCACAACACUGGUUCGGUCCUCUAGAUUUAUGAAGGACCCCAGGCCAGCCUGCCUACUAUGUCGCCACAUAGUAGCGGCUAAAGGCGGCGCGCAUCCUUCCCCAUGGCAACUUCAAAUAUCGCAAUAUUCGACAAAACCUACUUCGACAUCCGAAGAUUUUAUCAAUAUAGCAAUGGGGAUUAAUUCUAGAAAGCCACCUCCCCGUCAGUCACAAGAAUAUGGGUUCAGGAAGAUCACGAUGACUGAUCAGGCUAACGAUGCGAAGAUAAAAUGGGCUCGCACAGCCCAGAGAUUCCAACACCCCAAGAAAAGGAUGGCCACGAGGAAUCCGAACCAACAGGUAGAUGCAUUAUUCAAACAGAUCGUCGAACAGCAAGCCCUCGGCCAAGAACUAAAACCUGGCACAUCGAAGAACAGUGAGGUGAAGGUAGCUCUCUUCAAGAUUGCUAAAGAUUUGGGAGAAUCGGAACAUAUGGUGAUAAAAGGCGAAUCGGCAGUGAAGGUGUGGAAUCAUUUCAAAACCGUCAUUCUCCCUACACUUUCGGAGUUGAAUAUGAGGAUACCUACAGCCUGUCGCACCACACUAGAACGGACGUUGAAAUAUGUGUACGAUGCUAAAAUAGAGGCAAUGCGUUCCCCCGAACUACCUGCAGUUUCUGAGAUACUCCUAGACAACGCGAAGUUUGCGGGAGUUCAACCUCGAAAAUGGAAUAGGAUAGUGGGGGCACUGGUGAAGGAACUCGUUGAAAUGGAUCCUUCGACGGCUAACGAGGAUGGACUUAUCACACAAGAAGAUAUGCUCAACGAUCUAAUUCAAUGCUGGAAGGUCUUAUCCUUACCAAGCGCCGCGCAUGCGAAUGCCGAGGACGAGGUCCUGGAAGGGUUUUGGUUUCCGAGACUCGACAAAUAUUCUUUAAAAAGGUUUUCCGAAAAGGGAAAUUUCCCUGAAGCUUUUAGCAAAGCUUUUCCGCAUUUUCGCAUGGAUCAAAUCGGUCCACCUACAGCCAUCCUCGCCAUCGCUACACAUGCCUUGCUAAUCGAUCCUCAACGAUCCAAUCAAGUUUUAAGGAGGCGUGCCACACGUCUUAUCUCCAGGGUUGGCUACCUCAUUACCUAUGUAAACUACCGUCAGACUGCUCUACGAAGCCAUGUCGCGCAGAGCUUUCCAGCUCUCGAGAAUUAUGUUAUGACCCAAUGGACCAAGAUUAAACAAGAUCUGAAAGAAAGAAUUGGGGUAAUAGACCCUUCUGCUGUGGGAGCUGAAUCCAGAGAUGCAUUGCCUCCAGAUAAUAGAGAAGAUAUCAACGAACGUUCGCUUACGUACCACCUUCAUCUCGCCAUUCCAGCUCGGAAUACGAGGGAAGUAGACUGGAGGUGGACGACCUUUCUUAUGGCGCCGCCGGGGACAUCGGACCCAAACGUCCCGCCGGCGAGAGCUAAGAUCCUUAAAAAUUACCCCGAUAUCUUUGAUCUUUUUAUUUACACUCGGAUGGCAUUAAAUCAACCUGAAAAAGCAUUACAGGCUUUAAGAACUCUACGCUCUGUCGGAAUCAAGCCGACUCUGAAGACCUGGAACGUCAUGCUCGAUGGUUGUAAGAAGGCUCACAAUAUUAACGGUAUCAGGAAUGUAUGGGCGAAACUUAUCGCUUCCGAAAUGAAGCUGGAUAUGAUGUUAUGGACCACUCGCAUCUCUGGGUUGGUGGAGUGUGGUGAUACUUUCGGCGCCAUCGAGGCUUUAGGGGAGAUGGUAAAACUAUGGGAAGAGAGCUCAAAAGACGAGAGUUCUAAGGCUAUCAAGCCAACCAUUGAGCCUGUCAAUGCUGUUUUUUCAGGGCUCCUGCUUCAAAAUCAAGUCACGGAAGCCGAAAACUUGUUAGAUUGGGCCAUCGACCAAGGUAUUGAACCCGACAUCUAUACAUAUAACCCCUUACUCCGUCGUUAUAUUCAGGAGGGGCGCACCUCAGCCGUACGGAAACUCUUUGAAACGAUGAAAGAGCGUGGCAUAAACGCCGAUGCGGCGACAUUCACGACCCUCAUCGACGUGGCCUUCUCCCAAAUCGACCCGGACGAUCAGGAGGGCGAAGCCAGAGCGGUGACGAACAUUCUGGAAAGUAUGGAGAAGGUUGGGCUGGAGGUCAAUCUACAGAACUACGCCAAGAUAAUAUAUAAACUGCUCCAGGGGGACGCAACGACCAAGAGUGCUGUACAACAUGUCCUCUUACAUCUAUGGAACCGAGGUUAUGAACUAACACAACAUAUCUACACCAUGCUUGUCGAUUACUACUUCUCACAAGACCCGGCAGACAUCAAUGCCAUCGAUUCUUUACUUCAGCGUCGUCGUAUUAUCGACUACGAUGACGCCGACGUCGUCUUCUACGAUCGCAUCAUUCUUGGAUACUCUUUGGCGGGCCUGCCCGAGAGGGCGCUCCAUUACUAUUAUAAGCUCGCGAGGUCCGGCGUCAUCACCCCGCUGAACACGCAAUCGAAGAUACUGCUGGCUCUUAUCCAAAAGAACCUCGAAGAAGAAGCGAGAGACUUUGUCGAGAGCUCGAGAAGCAUAUACGAAGAGAAACAUAAAAACGGCGAGGUAAAGGUCGAAUUAUGGGACCAUAUAUUCUGGCGCCUGGCUGCGACACAUGGACUCUUAGAGCUGGAUCAACUUCCAGGCCGUAGAGCAUAGAUACAUGUACAUCCAAACAUAAGAAGCGGCAUAUAGAUUCUGGCUGUAUAUACCAUGUAGAAUAUGAACCACGAACGAAUCCAAUCACUCCCCAUUGCACGAUUUGUACGAGGUACGGUAGAUGUGUGUAAAUAUAAAACCCUCACAACUCCAAGACGAAACUCCAAACUCCAUCCCUCUUCUCCCUUCCCCCCUAGGUAUUGGAACAAGCAGCAGAAGCAACUAAACGACACACAAGACAACCAUACAUAUGUACGGACGCCUGCGUCUCCAUCACGACUCAUCCAUCCGAUCCCCUGUCAUCGUCGUCGACGGUCCCGCAGGUCCACUCCCCCCAGCCUCACCACCAAGCAGUGUAAUAACAGACUCCAAACCACCGACCUCGUCUCUAGCAAGCCCGCGCCCUUC